AUGGACAGUUACCACAGCAUUGACUUGGAGCUGCAAACGCCCACAGAGCUAAAGUAUGAGCCCCCUACCCCACUCCACCAGGAGGAUUUCUUUGGCAGCAACACUAGGGUAGACUCCCCUAGUAAAUCCCCAGUUAGACCCAAUGACCUGUCCUUGCCCUUCACUUCCACUGGUCCUGUUCCCAUGGACACAGAACCUCCCACGGUGAUAGCAGAGGAUACCUCCUUAGGAAGUCGAAAGUCUCAAAGCCGUGAGGAGGGGUCAACUGAAGAUGAUAUGGGAGUCAGCCAUGAAUCCAUGGCCUCCUCUGACCAUCACGAUAGUGAAGACAUCAGAAAAGAGCCAGAUGUCUUCCCAAAGCCCUUACAAAGAGAGGAAGAGGUACCACAACCUGUGGCCAGUGGUCCUCAUGUUACGGUCACUGGGCUCAGUGGGAGCGGCAGGUCUGGUUCUGAGGAAGAGGAGGAAAUGACAGAGGAGAAGCUAAAAUCACUUUUGGAGGACAUUAAAUUGGAGGAAGGCUUAGAGGAUGAGGAGAUGACAGAGGAGAGGGUGCAAGCAAUUCUCUCUCAAGUAGAACAGGCAGAAAAAGACAUGUCCUCACUUCCAGGUUGGAGAGAUGAGUCACAAAGUGCCAAAGAGGAGACAUCAACCUCUGGUCGAAGUUUGAGUGCAGCUGUAGCACAAGAGCAAAAGGAGAUAAGCCAAGCGCAUUCUAGUAAAGGGGAAAAACAGAAUGGAGAACAUCCUGAGCUUCGAGCCCAAGCAGGGCCACGUCCUGAGGAUUUGGAGUCAACGAGUGGGGUGAAAAUCAAGACCCAGACGGGAGCUGAGAAGCAGGGGGUGAGCAAAGAAGUUCCAGAGACCAGCAAAGAAGGACCAAGCAGCAGGGAGGAGGUUACAUCAGAGUCCAAAGCCCAGCUUUAUCAGGGGGCCCGUAGACUUAAUGAAUCCAGCUCUGACGAGGAACAGACUGUUACCACCAGAGUGUAUCGGCGGAGGGUGAUCCUAAAGGGAGAACAGGCCAAAAACAUUCCUGGGGAGUCAGUUACAGAGGAGCAGUUCACAGAUGAAGAUGGAAACGUCGUCACCAGAAAAGUGAUCCGGAAAGUGGUACGGCGUACAGUUACAUCCGAGGAGAAAAACAGGAGAAAGAGAGGAAAGCGCUGCAAACAGGCCAGUAGGGCCGAGCAGGAGGAAGUUGCUAAGGGCUCAGAGCCCCAGAUGGAGCACACUGAGGUCGGCAAGGCGUCUCAGAGAAAGGAAGGGAAAAACAAGGAGAAAAAGGGUCAAUCAUAA